CUGGCGCUGGCAAAGCCGCAGUACGGCAGCUCAGCAGGGACAAUUCUAAUUAUAGCUUGCAGUUACAUUUGUGGCAUUGGAUUUGAGCAUACCAAUACUAACUAAAGUGACGGGAUUAGCCGUUGGGACAGCACGCGGCAACGUCACAGAACGUGAUAGGAAGUGGUCUGUUGCUAACAGUCAGCUGAUAAAGCAACAACAACGUUUACAGUUCCGACGGUCAAAGAUGGCCUACCCUAAAUCUCACAACCCGUUUGCAGAUGAUGACAAUGAGGAAGAUUUUAAGCCUAAAAGUAGGGGGUUCGAUAACGACCCCAGUGACAGUGGGAUGAGUGAAGCAGAGAGGAGGCAGAGGUACCUCCAGCAGGAAGUAAUGCGUACAGGUCAGUCUGCUGUGGACAGCAGUUACCGUUCCCUCAGCCUCAUCUAUGAAUCAGAGAAGAUGGGUGUGGAAACUGCAGAGGAGCUGAUCCGACAGGGUGAGGUUCUGAAGAGGACAGACAAGAUGUUGGACAACAUGGAUCAGGACCUGAAGACCAGCCAGAAGCACAUAAAUGGUAUCAAGAGUGUGUGGGGCGGCCUUGUCAAUUACUUCAAGGGCAAGCCAGAGACAAAGCCACCACCUGAGCAGCCAAAGGCCUACCAGGCCAGUGACAGAUUACAGAAUGCCUUGUCCAGCAGCAGAGAACAUGAAGAUAAGUACCAAGCCAGCCACCCCAACCUAAGAAAGUUGGAUACAGGAGGAUUUGGAGCUUCUGCAUCAAUAGAUGACAGCUCAUCUAGACAGAAUGGAUACCCUCAGAACAGCCACCUCAGGGAGGCUCACCAGACCCUCGACAAAAACUUAGAUGAGAUGUGUGUUGGUUUGGGCAGACUGAAGAACCUUGGACUUGGUCUCCAGUCUGAGAUUGACAGCCAGGACGACUCCCUUGAUUCUCUGCUGAAUAAAGUGGACAAGAUGGAUCUCAAGAUCCACAACACAAACCAACAGCUUAAAAACCUCAAAUAAAACAAACACUUGGACUCACCUUACAGAGACAAAAGACAGCAGCAGGUCAUCCUCUCACUUGGCUCUCCAUCCUGGCCUUUGUUGAAUAAACUGUUUUUUUAUGUAGCUUUGGCAGAUAAGCAAGUGAACACAUUUUUAUCCAUAUUAUUUUCUCCUUGAAUGACGGAAAGGUAACCAUAAAUCCAAGUUUGUGUAGAAAUUCCUCCUGCCACUUAACUGAUUUGUGUGCUUUGAAGGGAAGACUUGAUUCCAUGUGUGUAUUAGACGUAAGGGACUGUCUCUGUCCAGGGAAAAUCUGUUUUCUCCAUCAAGCUCCACUACACUUCGAUCUGAAUGUAGUCCGUUGAAUUUGCAUUGGUUUGGGUGAUUACAGGUUGAUCAGUUUUUCUCGAUCAUCAAAGAUGUACAAUCGGCUACUAGUUCGCUCAUCGUUCAGGCAAAACAGAUGAGUGGUUUGACAAAUGAGGAAGAGUAUUUUUAAUGAAUUAAUAAUGCAGUAAGUGGGCAAGAACAUGGCAUCUGUCUAAAACUGGAAUGGUUUGUGUGUAUGAUUCAUUAAUCUGUGCUAACUCUAAUUCCUGAAGCUGCCUUCACAUAUGUACAAAAACACUUUGAAUGUCCAGCUCAAGGCACUUACAUAUAAUUUGUAUGUACCUUAGACUAGCUUUUGCUUCUGUGCCAUGAUUCUGUCUCCACUGGUACAUCUCACAUGUGAUACUUUGUUUGAUUCUCUGAAAUAUUAGUUUGAAGUAUGUUCAUGUUCUUCAGUGUUUUCCCAAGCUUUAUAUCAACAGUUUAUAUUGAUAAUUAUUGCAUUGAAUGUGACAGAAUGUGAUUGAGUGAAUUAUUGUAUAGCAUAAAUAAUAUGAACAAGCUAGCUGUGAAUAUAUAAACAGAAGGAAUAUUCCAAUUACCAUAAUCAUAUGUAUAUCUUCCCUAGGAUACAUUUAUGAGUAGAUGAACCACUUUUAAGUUCAAUUAAAACAGAAGGUUAUUCAAUAAAACAGUCAAACAUAAGAAAAUAAAUGAGGAGUGACAGUCACAAGGUUUCAUGUUUGCCAUGUAUAUCAAAACCACAUACCUAAUAAAAACAUUUACAAGAGGA